CUGCUCUAUUGUUUGUAGCUCUGUGGGUCCCAAGUGUCGCCGUGACGUCAUCCCCGAGGGCCGGGCGCUGCGUGGCUGCAGCCGUUGCUAAGAGACGGUUGAGGCAGAGAGAGAGGGGCGAGGAUGCAGCUGCGGCACGUCCGGACCCUCCUGGCGCCUCAGGACGGGGCGUCGCGGGUGACCUGCCUGGCCUGGGCCCCGAACAACGCGCGCUUCGCCGUCUGCACCGUGGAGCGCGUGGUGCUCCUCUACGACGAACACGGCGAGCGCCGGGACAAGUUCUCCACGAAGCCCAUCGACCCCAAGUUCGGGCGGAAGAGCUACACGGUGAAGGGGCUGGCCUUCUGCCCGGACUCCACCAAGAUCGCCAUCGGCCAGAGCGACAACAUCAUCUUCGUCUACAAGAUCGGGGAGGAAUGGGGAGACAAGAAGGUGAUCUGCAACAAGUUCAUCCAGACGAGCGCCGUCACGUGCCUCCUGUGGCCGGAGGAGAACACCAUCGUCUUUGGGCUGGCGGACGGCAAGAUCCGCCUGGCAAACCCCAAGACCAACAAGUCCUCCACCCUUUACGGGACGGACUCCUACGUGGUGUCGCUGGCCUCCAAUGUCUCAGGGAAGGGGUUUCUGUCGGGACACGCAGAUGGAACCAUUGUGCGCUACUUCUUUGAUGAUGAAGGCUCAGGGGAGUCCCAGGGCAAGUUGGCGGUGCAUCCAUGUCCCCCUUAUGCCUUGGCUUGGGCCUCUAACAGCAUUGUGGUUGCGGGUUGUGACAAGAAGAUUGUGGCCUAUGGGAGGGAGGGUCACGUCAUCCAGACCUUCGACUACAGCCGAGACACUUCUGAGAAGGAGUUCACGGUGGCGGCAGCCAGCCCAGGAGGCCAGUCUGUGGUCAUUGGCAGUUUUGACAGGUUGCGAGUGCUGAACUGGAGCCCGCGCCGAAGCGCCUGGGAAGAAGCCAAGCCGAAGGAGAUCCCCCACCUCUACACCAUCACUGCUUUGGCCUGGAAACGGGACGGAUCGCGGCUUUGUGCCGGCACUCUCUGUGGCGGAGUGGAGCAGUUUGACUGUUGCCUACGGAGGAGCAUUUACAAAAACAAGUUUGAGAUGGCGUACGUGGGGCCCAGCCAGGUCAUUGUGAAGAAUCUCUCCACGGGGGUGCGGAUAGUGCUGAAGUCUAACUAUGGCUAUGAAAUUGAUGAGGUGAAGAUCCUGGGCAAGGAGCGCUACCUAGUGGCCCACACUUCAGACACCCUUCUCCUGGGAGACAUGACUUGCAACAAGCUCAUGGAGGUGCCCUGGCAAGGAUCCGGUGGGAAUGAGAAGUUUUUCUUUGACAACGAGAAUGUCUGCAUGAUCUUCAAUGCUGGGGAGCUGACCCUGGUGGAGUAUGGGAACGAUGAUAUCCUGGGCUCCGUGCGGACAGAGUUCAUGAACCCUCAUCUCAUCAGUGUCCGUAUCAAUGAGAGGAGGCAGCAGGGGUCUGAGGAAAACAAGCGCCUGGCCUACCUGGUGGACAUCAAGACCAUUGCGGCCGUGGACCUUGUGGCAAGCUGCAACAUUGGCACCGUCAGCCACGACAGCAAAAUCGACUGGCUGGAGCUCAACGAGACGGGACGCAAGUUGCUCUUCCGGGACAAGAAAAUGAAACUGCACCUCUAUGACAUCGAGAGUGCCACCAAGACCACCAUUCUGAGCUAUUGCUCCUAUGUCCAGUGGGUCCCUGGGAGCGACGUAGUGGUCGCCCAGAACAGGAGCAACCUCUGCGUGUGGUACAACAUCGACACCCCCGAGCGAGUGACCAUGUUCCCCAUUAAGGGCGACAUUGUGGACCUGCAGCGGGACAAUGGGAAGACAGAGGUGAUUGUGACGGAGGGUAUGAACACCGUGUCUUACACUCUGGAUGAAGGGCUCAUUGAGUUUGGCACAGCCAUUGAUGACCGCGACUACCACAGGGCUGUGGUCUACCUGGAGACCCUGGAGAUGUCUGACGAGACUGAGGCCAUGUGGAAGACUCUCAGCCGACUGGCGUUGGAAGCCAAGCAACUGCACAUUGCAGAGAGGUGUUUUGCUGCUCUGGGAAAUAUGCCCAAAGUCCGGUUCCUCCACGAGACCAAUGAGAUUGCGGACCAAGCAGCCAGGGAGUAUGGAGGGGAUGGCACUGACUACUACCAGGUCCGGGUCCGCCUUGCCAUGCUGGAGAAGAACUACAAGCUGGCAGAGAUGAUUUUCCUAGAGCAGAAUGCAGUGGAGGAGGCCAUGGAGAUGUACCAGGAGCUGCACAUGUGGGAAGAGUGCAUUGCGGUGGCAGAGGCCAAAAGCCACCCAAUGCUGGAGAAGCUGCGCCAGGGCUACUAUGAGUGGCUGCUGCAGAGCCAGCAGGAGGAGCGGGCCGCCGAGGUGCAGCAGGGCCAGGGGGACCUGCAGGCGGCCAUCAGCCUCUACCUGAAGGCAGGGUUGCCGGCCAAAGCGGCACAGCUGGUGGUGGGCCGGGAGGAGCUGCUGAGCAACAUGGACCUCGUCAACCGCAUUGCCACUGCCCUCCUGCGGGGAGAGCUCUUUGAGCAGGCUGGAGAGCUCUUUGAAAAAAUCCAGAAUCCACAGAGGGCGCUGGAGUGCUAUCGCAAGGGGAGCUCCUUCCUGAAAGCAGUGGAGCUGGCACGCUCAGCCUUCCCAGCAGAGGUGGUCAAACUGGAGGAGGCCUGGGGUGACCACCUGGUGCAGCAGAAGCAGCUGGACGCUGCCAUCAACCACUAUAUCGAGGCCCGGUGUGCCAUCAAGGCCAUUGAAGCAGCCAUUGGUGCCCGGCAGUGGAAGAAAGCCAUUUACAUCCUGGACAUGCAGGACCAGAAGAUAGCCACCAAAUAUUACCCCAGGAUUGCCCAGCACUACGCAGCCCUGCAGGAGUAUGAGAUUGCAGAGGAGCUCUACGUCAAGGGAGACUGCAUCAAGGAGGCCAUCGACAUGUACACCCAGGCCGGGCUCUGGGAACAGGCACAUAAGCUGGCAUCCAAGUGCAUGCGGCCAGAAGACGUCUCCACCCUGUACAUCACACGGGCUCAGGAGAUGGAGCGCCAGGGCAAGUACAAGGAGGCCGAGAGGCUGUACAUCACAGUGGAUGAGCCGGACUUGGCCAUCACCAUGUACAAGAAGUGCAAGAAGUAUGAGGAGAUGCUGCGCCUGCUGGCCAGGUACCACAAGGACUUGCUGGGCAACACACACCUCCACCUUGGCAAGGAGCUAGAGGCUGAGGGGCGUUUGCAGGAAGCUGAAUACCACUACCUGGAAGCCAAGGACUGGAAGGCGGCGGUCAACAUGUUCCGUCUGAACAACAUGUGGGAUGAGGCCUACCGGGUGGCCAAGGCUCAUGGGGGGGCCAGUGCCCACAGGCACGUGGCUUUCCUGUGGGCAAGGAGCCUUGGUGGGGAGGCAGCUGUGAAGCUCCUCAACAAAUUUGGACUUCUGGAGAUGGCCAUCGACCAUGCAGCUAACAACAGCAUAUUUGACUUUGCCUUUGAGCUGGCCAGACUUUCCCUGAAGCAGAAGCUGCCGGAGAUCCACUACAAAUACGCUUCCUGCCUGGAAGAAGAGGGCAAGUUUGAAGAGGCAGAGGUUGAGUUUGUGAAAGCCGGGAAGCCCAAGGAAGCAGUUCUGAUGUAUGCCCAUGUCCAGAACUGGGGGGCGGCCCAGCGUGUGGCCGAGGCUCACGAUCCAGACAGCAUGGUGAUUGUGCUGGUGGGCCAGGCGGACAUUGCCUUCAAUCAGAAGGAUUUCCAGAAGGCGGAGGCCCUGCUUCUGCGUGCUCAGCGCCUGGACUUGGCUGUCAAGCACUACAAGGAGGCUGCCAUGUGGACGGAUGCCCUCCGGGUCUGCAAGGAGUACCUCCCUGGCGACCUGGAGGCCCUGCAGGAGGAGUAUGAGCAGGAGGUGGCCAAGAAGGGGCCCAGGGGCAUGGAGGGCUUCCUGGAGCAGGCACGCGAGUGGGAGCAGGCAGGCGAGUAUGCCCGGGCCGUGGACUGCUACCUGAAGGUGCAGGAUUUGAGCAGCAGAGCCAUGAUGGAGAAGUGCUGGAUGAAGGCGGCUGAGCUGGCCAUCAAGUUCCUUGGGCAGCCACGGAGCACGGAGGUGAUGCGAACAGUUGGGCCCCAGCUGGUCAGCAUCGGGAAAUUCAGUGUGGCAGCAGAACUGUACCUGAACCUGGACCUGAUCAAGGAAGCCAUUGACGCUUUCAUGGAGGGAGAGGAAUGGAACAAGGCCAAGCGGGUGGCCAAGGAGCUGGACCCCAGGUACGAGGAGUAUGUGGACCAGCACUACAAGAACUAUCUGAAGGACCAGGGCAAAGUGGACUCGCUGGUGGGUGUGGACGUCAUGGCUGCCCUGGACAUGUAUGUGGAACGGGAGCAAUGGGAGAAGUGCCUAGAGACUGCUGCCAAGCAGAAUUACAAGGUGCUCCACAAGUAUGUGGCUCUUUACGCCACGCACCUCAUCCGAGAGGGCAGCUGGGACAAAGCCCUGGGCCUCUAUGUCCAGCAUGGGGCCCCUGCCAAUGCCCAGAAUUUCAACAUUUAUAAGCGGCUCUUUGUGGAGAUGGUGAACGUGGGCAACAUGAACAGUGCAGAGGCCUACCACAGCUGGGCCGACCUGCGGGACGUCCUCUUCAACUUGUGUGAAAACCUUGUCAAGUCAAGCGAAGCAAACACACCUGCACACGAGGAGUUUGAAACCAUGCUGCUUGUUGCUCACUACUACGCCACACGCUCUGCAGCACAGAGCAUCAAGCAGCUGGACAGCGUGGCAGCCAAGCUCUCUAUCUCCCUCUUACGCCACACAGACAUUGUUCCUGCAGACAAAGCCUUUUAUGAAGCUGGGACGGCUGCCAAGGCUGUCGGUUGGGAGAACAUGGCCUUCAUCUUCCUGAACCGGUUCCUUGACCUGACGGAUGCGAUCGAGGAAGGCUCCCUGGAUGCCCUUGACCACUCCGACUUCCAGAAUACAGACAUCCCUUUCGAAGUGCCACUCCCAGCCAAGCAACACGUCUCCGAGGAGCAGCGCGAAGAGGUCCGCGACUGGGUCUUGACUGUCUCAAUGGACCAGCGGCUGGAGCAGGUGCUGCCCCAGGACGAGCGGGACACUUACGAGGCCUCCCUCGUGGCAGCCAGCACCGGUGUGCGCUCUAUGCCCUGCCUCAUCACCGGCUACCCUGUGCUGAGGAACAAAGUGGUGUUCAAGCACCCUGGGAAGGAGGCCAACAAGGAAAGCUGGAACAAGUUCCUGAUGGCGGUCAAGACAUCACAUAGCCCCUCCUGCCAGGAUGUCCUCAAGUUCAUCAGCCAGUUGUGCGGGGGUCUCCCCAGUUCCAACUUCUCUUUCCAGUGAAGUUCCAGCAGCCAGGCUCUGCAUCCUGGAAGCCUUGCUGUAUUUAUUUUCCUGGAUUAAAUUUUCUGUUUGUAUGCA